UGCAGAAACAGUUGAUUGAAAAUGUCUUUUGAGUGCACAGAUGGUAGGGUUUAAUAGCCUAGUUACAAGUGGUAAUUAAGUCUUUAAGGCAAAGUGGUAAGUGUAUGUAAAUUAUAAUAAAUAACAGAUUUUUUUGUCUGUGUUUGGUAACCCUAAUAUAGAAUUCUUGAAAGAUGCUGCAUUCCUUAUCAGCAUGGAGGAUAUAUGGGCACUUAUCAGUAGGAUACACAGUAACAUCUUUAAUUAGAUUUAUUUUCUUAUAGUAAUUCUUAUAUAAAUAUGGUAUUGUUUGGCUUUAUGACCUCCUUAGUUAUAUUUCAUGGAAUAUUGUUGGUAAUGAUUAAUGAGAAAUGCAGAUAGGUGUGAAAUCCAUUGCUAAAAGCAUUAGAUAUAUUAUGAAAUAUUCUUUAAUAAAAUUUUAUAUAUAUAUGGAUGUAAGUAUGUAUGUAUGUAUAUAUGUAUACACAUACACACACACACUCACACACAGUAUAAAUGAAACUAUUUUGGUAUUAAUAGAAAAUGACUACAGGCAAAUUGUGAAGAUAAAGCUCAGAUCUAAACCUUACUAUACACAUUAUUAUCACCACUUGAGAUAAGGGAAGCGACAGACACACUAGUCGGGAUCGUGUCAGGUGUUGACAAUGACAGUUACAGUCACGGAAGAGCACAUCUACCAGGCCCCAGUUGAACUCGUGGCUGCCACACAUCUCACAAAAUUUCCGAACGAGUAUGACAAGGACAUCAUCUCUUGCAAUAUUAUAGAGAGAAAUACAGACGAGGAAGGAAGAUUAUAUACCAAGAGAGUCGCAGCUGUGCGAAAUGUGCUCCCUACAUUUCUGCGGAGGGUUUCAAGCUUACAAGUGGAGAAACUGGAACUCCAGGAGGAAUGCUGGUGGGACAGAAAAAGGAGAACCUUUGAUGUUGAAUCUGAAAACCUCUCCGUGUCAGACUGGGUCACGAUGAAGGAGGCCUCCACUUACAAGCCACAUCAUCAGAAUCCGAAUUGGACGCAGUUCAAUCAGGAAGGCACAAUCACCGUCCACGGCCUUGGGAAAAUUGGUUCCCUCAUUGAACUUUUUGGUAAAAGGUUCUUGAGCGUUGGUGCUCAGCGUGGCAUUACCAUCACCGAAAAGCUGAUGGCUGAGCGUUCAAAGAGAUUCUCAAGGGUCUGGUAUUCAGAAUUUCUCUUUGCGUAAGGUCAACAGACCUACGUGAAGUAUUAUUCGUAAUCACGACAGUAAGAAUAUCUAGUCUGCAACGUUAGAAAUCUUGCUCAUUGUGCUGUCAACAUCUGAAGAGUCUUCCUAGUAAUAUUGAUAACAAAGGGAAAGCAUUAGAUAUUAGACAGUAUCUGGGAUUUUCUUUUUCUCAUGAAUGAUUUCAGGAACUUGGAUAAUUUGUAUUUUUCCACUUUUGCGUACGUCGUAAAGAGGUGAUAUUUAGUCUUAGGAUUUUGUAUUGAGAAGAAAUAGUAUAAUUAGGGUUUAGUGAGCAGAUUUUUCAGGCAGAGAAACUUAUAGUACAUGUAAAUUUUAUUCAUUGUAUAUGGUACUGGUGAUUUUUAGGUAGCACGUUUUGUACUUUUGAACUUAGAAGGUGAUCAUUUUAGUACUUAGACAAUAUUCCAGUUUUUGUUUAGAAAUCUGCUUGCAAUGACAAAUCAUUCCAGGGAUUCCACUGCUUAUGAACGUGGUAAACAUAGCAAAUGUCAUAAAAGCCAUGUGAAGGAAGCGAUUACAGCUUUGUUUAUCUGAAGAACAAGUCAGGUUUAUUGCUUUAUGUUUUAUUUAAAGUUAAGUCUGUGUCUUUUCCUUGUGUGGGUGGCUGGUAAUCAUAGAAGACAAUAUGAACAAAGAAAGCCCUGCAAAAUGUUGAAUGUAAAUGUUUGAAAUCCAAAUGAUUGAAAUUUCCCAGAAACACUUAGCUGAGGGCAUGCCAAGUCUUAGUUAAUGAUUGCUGUGAAUAGGUAUAACAAUAUCUAAUAGUUUCCUUUUAUAUUUUGGUGUACACUCAUUAAAUCUUAUUGUGAAUAUGUUCAAACAAAUAAAAGGUAAAACUUUAAA